AUGGAUACAAUCAAAAUUGAAUGGAAGAAACAAUCUGGUGAAGCUCAUAUUUUGCCUAACAGACAAUAUACUCAACAACAGUCGAUUCUCAAACUAGAUAGUCAAGAAAAAAAACCUAAGAAAAAAAAAGUUCAAUUCAAGUUUCGUACAUCCACUCCUAAAGUACAAGCAUUUGAAAAUACGAAACAUACUCACUCAAAAACUGAUCGAUUACAAAGAUCAAUUUUCGAAGAACAUGAUUAUACUUCACGAUCAACAAAUAGCCUCACUGCUGAAUUGGUAGAAACCGAUGAUAAACAAAUUUGUAGUAGCCGAUCAAAGAUCAUUACAAUUAUUAUUGUAAUGAUCAUUAUUUUAACUGUAGCUGUCGUUGUCGGUGUAAUAGUUGGUGUUUCGAAGUCUCAACAAAGUAUAUUAGACACAACUACAAUCGAUAAUCAAACUUCAUUAUCAACAACAACUUUAGUGAGUAGUAUUAGUAUAGGAAACCAAAGUGGACCACCUUGUUCAUCAUAUACAACCAUUGAUGAUCCAUCACGCAAUGCUGCUCAAUCAUCAUUAUUCGGAUCAUGCGAUAAUGGAUCACCAUUCAAUGCGAGUAAUGGUGGUUCUUGGAUUCGAUUUAUCGGUACUGGUGGUACUAUAAUUUCAUUAGCAGCACCUGCUCAAGGUCAUUGUGGUGCUUACGUAGGAGGCUGGUUCAAUGGUACAUUACCGACAACAGUGGGCACUGUAGUUAACGGAACGGUAUGCUUCGUAAUAAGCCCAUAUUCUUGCCUUGUCUUCAUCUCUAUAUCAGUAAUUAACUGUAGUGGCUUCUAUGUUUACUUUUUACCACCUGUCUCUGUUUGUAAUGCACGCUAUUGUACAACAUGA